UUAACUCCAUCUUCUUCAAACUCCUUUUCUUUUACCACUUCUUGUUAGUUAUCUAAUUCAAAAUUCCAUAAAAUUCCCAAUUCAAUUUUACAUCCCAAAUUCAUUUCAAUCCCCCCAAAACAAAACCCUAGAAUUUCAAUUCAAUUCAAAAAAUAGGGUUUCCAUGGAGGAGCUUCCUCUUCCAGCUCUGUUCGAGCAAGCUCAAAAGAUCCAUAUAACCGCCACGGAGUCCAGUGCUGAUCAGGUUUUUAAUCUCUAAUUCUCUUACCCUAAUUAUAUGCAGUUAUUAUAACACUGUUUUGCCGUGUCCAUGUUCGAGUAUCUCGUUUUUCAUGCCUGUGCUACCUACUUAGUAUCUCGUAGCACUCAAUUAAUAUUCACUUUCUCCAUGAUUCUUACUGUAAGUUUAAAUUAUGGUUUGAAGGAAGAAUGAUGUUGAGUGACUUGCCCAAUUGCUUCGUCAAGUCAGGUGUAUAUGCUGUAGAAUGGUUGGUAAGUUAUCGACUAAAUUACUGAACAUAAAUAUAGCAUCUCUUUGCAAGGUUAAGCAAUUGAACAGAGCAGAGUCGGUUAUUAUCGAUGGAAUAAGGUUAGGAGUUCUUCCGGAUGUUGUCACUUAUAAUACGCUCAUUGAUGCGUACUCUCGUCUUAUUGGUUUUGAUGCUGCGUAUUCGCUCAUUCAUAGAAUGCGAGAAGCUGGUAUAAAACCGGAUGUUGUUACUUAUAAUUGUUUGAUAGCGGGUGCUGCUAGAAACUGCUUGUUGUCGAAAUCUCUUGACUUGUUUAACGAAAUGCUUGAUAAGGGUAUCGCUCCUGAUGUUUGGAGUUUUAAUACUUUGAUGCAUUGCUUCUUCAAGCUAGGAAAUCCUGAAAAAGCAAACCAGGUUUUCGGGUAUAUUAUGGAUAAUAGUCUUCAUCAUAUAUUCCCAUGUCCAACUACUAUUAAUACUAUGAUUAAUGGUCUUUGUAAAAAUGGUUAUACUAGUCAUGCACUGAUGCUGUUCAGGAAUUUACAAAGAGUAUAUGGUUUUGUUCCACAAUUAGUCACUUACAAUAUUCUUAUCAAUGGGUUGUGUAAAAUUAGGAGAUUAAGUGCGGCAAGGAGAAUAUUUAAAGAGCUUGCGGCAUCAGGAUAUGUACCAAAUGUUAUAACUUAUACUACAGUUUUGAAAUGUUGUUUUAGGCUUAAACGGUUUGAACAGGGAUUUGAGAUAUUAGAAGAGAUGUUUGAAAAGGGUUAUACUUUUGAUGGUUUUGCAUACUGUACAGUUGUUGGUGCUUUAAUCAAGAGUGGUAGGACUAAAGAGGCAGCUGAAUAUAUGGAGUUGAUGAUAAAAAAGGGCAUUCAACAUGAUCUAGCAUCUUACAAUACUCUGAUUAAUAUGUAUUGUAGAGAAGGCAAUUUGGAUGGUUCGUACCGAUUGCUGGAUGAAAUGGAAAAAGAAGGUCUAGAAUGUGAUGAAUAUACUCACACAAUUUUGAUAAAUGGGCUGUGUAGGACAGGUAAUACUUCGGGUGCAAAACGUCAUUUGCAGCAUAUGAACAUGAUAGGUUUCAGUUCACCAUUGGUUGCUUCAAAUUGUAUGGUUGAUGCUUUAUGCAAAGAAGGUAGGAUCGAUCAAGCUUUAGAGAUGUUUAAAUCAAUGAAAACAAAGGAUUCAUUUACUUACACCUCCUUGGUUCACAAUCUUUGCAAGGCUAGAAGCUUCCGUCGUGCAUCCAAACUCUUGCUGUCUUGUUUAAAAAGGGGCUUGCGAAUAUUACCAUCAGCUAAACGGGCUGUUAUUGAUGGCCUUCGUUAUUCUGGUUUUCAUAAAGAAGCAAGGAAGCUUAAGUCAGAAAUGCAAUUCAUUGUACAUCAAUGAUUUUUUUGUUGGCCACUUAGAUGCAGUCUGGAGAAUAAUUUGCUGGAGAAAUUCAGUAAAUCUGGUAAUCGUUCUUUUUGGUUUGAAGCUUGCCAGCACUGUGCCAAAUAUAACGCCCCAUGUUGUUAUCUACCAUGAUGUUUUCUGCUCUGUCACGAUGCGAAUUCAGGAUACAAGACUCAGGAACCUAUCCAAGGCUAAUUUUUAAUUGCGGUGGGCCACUUUUCUCCAAUUGCAGAUUAUUGGUUUUGGCGGCAGAAACGAAGAAUACAAUUCAAGUUGGUGCUGAAGCUUCCAUCUGACAUUUGGAAAUGUUCUUGUGCAAGACUCAUUUUGCAUUACCUCGUGGUCGAAAUUGCGACUUUUUAUAUGAUUCAAGCUGCAUGGUAUUUUGAUGUUUACCUAAAAAAAUUGGUAGAUAUAUCUAGACUUUUUUCCAGGCUUGGUCGAAGUCAGUUGGCAUUACUCGAUUUUACACCCCUAUUUAUGCUAGCUAACAAUUUAAUCUGCAAAAUGGCUCAGAAGUUCAGAGUCGCUCACCGGCCGAGUUGGUACAAGCAGUAGUCAAAAUGGUAGAGGAGACAACUUUCUUGUCUUCGUUUUACAACAGCAAAAUGUACUUGCGCAAACUCCGCCAAAUUAAUGAAAUUUGUACAGACAACAUUAAAAGAUCUCCAAGACGGGACUAUAUGUUUGGUGUUUUAGGUAUGUAAAUUGGCAGUCAGCUCCGGGAAAUAAUGUUGGAAUUAAAUCUACUCUUAUACGAUCAUUAAAUCUUAUAGAACAAUAUCUUCCAGAUGUUGCAAUUCAAAUUAACUGUAUCAGAUUACAAAGUUUUGUUUGGUAUAAA